AUGAAGCUAAAUUGAAACCGUUCUUUCUGAUCAGGCAGAUCUUCGGUCACCUCUGUUUACAAUAUUUUCCCAGCAUUCCCUGCUCGCUUUCUUUCCGCCAUCUUCCUCCUCAUAGUGACGGUGGAUCCACCUGGAGAAGACUGACUAUGCCUGGAAGACUAUGGAGUAAGGCCAUCUUCGCCGGCUAUAAGCGCGGUCUGAGGAAUCAGCGUGAGCACACGGCGCUGCUGAAGGUGGAGGGCUGCUACACCCGCAACGAGGUCGACUUCUACCUCGGGAAACGCUGCGCCUACGUCUACAAGGCCAAGAAGAACACUGUGACGCCCGGCGGGAAGCCCAACAAGACGCGUGUGAUCUGGGGUAAAGUGACCCGGGCGCACGGCAGCAGCGGCAUGGUGAGAGCCAAGUUCAGCAGCAACCUGCCCGCCAAGGCCAUCGGACACCGGAUCAGAGUGAUGCUGUACCCCUCUCGAGUCUGAAGAGGAAUCCUCUGAUGUUCACAAACAAUAAAACUGAUUUCAGGUC